AUGCAAUCAGAAGACAACGUUCCUCCCAUCUCACUCUCGGCUCAAAAAGAAGAGGAAAAGCCUUCAAACUCAGCAGCUGCUGAAUCUUCUUCUGACAAUGGAGGCCAUACUCACGGAUGGAAUGCAGAGAAUGUAUCCUUCUUGGUGUUGGUGGGUGUUUUUCAAGUCGUUAUGGUCGUUCUGUUCUGGGUAUUUUUCGAUUAUGAGCACUCGGUAACGAAUUCAGAUGAAACCUCACUCAAUCUCGCUAAUGAAGAAGCACACAAAGAUGUGGUUCAUUACUACAAACCCAUGCUCGAUGUCGGUAUCAUGGUGUUUGUUGGUUUUGGUUUCCUAAUGACUUUUUUGAAGAGAUAUGGCUAUAUGGCCUUCGGAAUGAAUUUCUUUAUUUCAGCUCUCAUUUUCCAAUGGGGAGUUUUGAACCAGGCCUUUUGGCGAGGCGUUUAUAAGGGAUUUCCAGUUACUGGAGAUCAAGUAAAUUGGCCAAAUCCAAGAUGGAUGGUGCAUUUUGAACUCCAGGACUUGGUAGAAGGCCAUUUCGCUGCUGCUUCUUUCCUUGUUUCAUUUGGUGUUUUGAUUGGCAAGACUACCCCUCUUCAAAUUACUAUUGCUGGAAUAAUUCACACUCUUUUCUAUUCUUUGAAUUUUUAUAUUGGUACUUGGGUGUUGAAGGCAAGCGAUAUUGGAGGAUCAAUGUUUAUUCACUUGUUUGGAGCUGUUUAUGGAUUGAUGGCUUCUUAUGUGUUGUGGAAUAAGAAGGCAAUUGCUGGACAUCCAGCCCAAUCAUCUCGUUACACUUCUGAUCUUUUCUCAUUGAUUGGUACCAUCUUCCUUUUCCUUUGUUGGCCAUCAUUUAAUGCUGCUGUAACCCCAACUGGUACAACUCAAUACAGAGCCUUCAUUAAUACCAUCAUGUCCUUGAUGGGAUCAACUGUGGCCUCGUUCUUCUGCAGUAGAUUGGUAAGAAAAGGAGUUUUUGCGAUGGAAGACAUUCAAAACGGUACUUUGGCUGGAGGAGUAGCUGUUGGUGCAGUAGCUGAUAUGGUUAUUUUACCAGGAGGCGCUUUAACUAUUGGUAUUAUUGCAGGAUUUAUUAGCGUUUUUGGAUUCAAGUUCUUUACUCCAAAUUUGAGAAGAUAUCUCAAAUUGCACGACACCUGUGGAGUUUUGAACUUGCAUUGCAUUCCAGGAUUUAUUGGAGGGGUUGGCUCAAUCAUUGCUGCAGGUGUUGCAGCUGGACAAAGAGUCAAUUACGGAGUUCUCUAUGAUAAAAUGUUUGGAAACGGAACUCAUCAAUGGGGAUAUCAAUUUGCCACAUUGGCCAUUACCAUUGGAAUUGCACUUGUCUCUGGUUUAUUGGCUGGGUUGAUCAUUAGAUGGUUGUUCCCAGAGAAAUCUGUCUUCUAUGACGAACCUUACUGGGAGGUUGCAGAUGAAUCAUUAUUGGUUGAUGAAGAACCACCUAAGGAAGCUAAGGAAGAAGAGAAGAACAUUGAGCUCAGGGCUGUCAACGUUUAA